GCUGCUGCUGCGGCUGUGGCUGCGGCUGUGGCUGCGGCUGUGGCUGCGGCUGUGGCUGCUCCGUCGGGUCGCUCUGCACUUUCACGCCGCAGACGCCCACAAGACAUGCGGACGCGCUCUUGGACGAAAUGCUUGUGCUGUACUGCGCAAUGGCACAGUAGUCAUGACCCUUGCACAUCUUGCCCCUGCCAACGCACUUGGGGCAAAGAUGGUAGUCGCUGCACUCGAGACAGCAGAACACAGGGCUCUCAUGAACGCCCAGGCGAUCAUUGCACUCACUGCACUCGUAGACGACCGAGGGCGAUGGCUGCGCCUCGGUGUCGCUAAAGUACGUCGACGAGAGCAAGUGCUCGUGACCGUUUCCGCGCCCAUUCUUGAUGUAGCAGUCGUUGCAAGAGUCGAACGACUCGCACUCGCUGCAGUUCCAUCUGAGCCCGACCACAGCCUCGUUGCAGUGGUCGCAUAUGACGUACUGGUCCUUACCGAUGGAUCUGUUCUCCAGGGGCCAGGCCACCAGCGGAUGCCCGAGCUUGCUGCAGUAGCUCGACUUAGCCGCCUUGCAGGGGUUGCACAUGCUCGAGUGCCCGUUGCACCUUGUGCACACCCACAUAAUGUCAUUUACCUCGUCGAGGCACUCCCCGCAGCUGGGAGUGCGCACCGCAGCAUUCUCGCAGGGGUUACGAGGGGCCACGUUUUCACCGACAGCAGCCGUAUCGCGAGGCUCAAGGGGAGCGUUGGUCGAGGGUGUCGCUCUAACAGCCCCGGCCACAGUGGGAGUGCGGGGGCUGCUGUUCGCCGCCCAAGUUGCGUAGCUGCCAGACAUGUUUGCCGGGCUUGGCGACAGCGUCAGCGCGUUGUAGACGCUCUCCCAUGCGCGCUUGAGGUCGCGGGACACGCGCACUUGGGCGUCGUUGGUAGCGCUCGAGAUCGUCGAUUCGAUCUCGGAGAUCUUGGCAUCAAUCUGCGCGACCGCAGAGUUCAGGUUGUUCGAUCCAAAAGACAUUAUUUGCACCUGUUAGCAGAUGGUAAGAAAAAAGACUUGAAAAUACGAGCUCGAUACGCUUCUGUGUUUGUCUGUCUGUCUGUCUGUUUGUUUGUUUGUUUUUGAUAUAAUAAUAAAUGAAGUGUAGGGGAAAUAAGGCUAAAGUGUGGUGUGAAAGAAAGGGAAAAUGGACUGAAAAUGUUUUUUUUGGCUUUAAAAUUUUUUAUGACAGUAAAACAAAGAAAAUAUUUGUGAAUAGAGCGUGUGAAAUGUGUGAUAGUUGAAAUAUGAGGCAAAACGAAAAAAGGAUAGUAAAAGUGAGUGAACUGACUUGAAAAAAUUCAGUAUUGAUGGCGAAUAAUAAUUAUAUGAGGAGGGGGAGGUGAAAAUGUAUGGAGAGA